AUGGUGACAAGGAAGAGGGAUGCCACGAUCGACGUGGCGAGUACGUUCAAGGACGUGGAGGUGAAGGUGCCGCUCUUGACGGCGUUAAAAAUGCCCCUGAUUAGUAAAUUCAUCAAAGACUACUUGGCGGGAAAAGUCAACGAGGAAGGGAGACUAAUUACAGAUGUGAACGUCUCUGCCGUGAUCCAGAGAAGCGACCUCCCCUCCAAGAAAACUGACCCUGGAAUGUUCAUGCUUCCCAUUGCCAUUGGGGAUACACAAGUAGAUCACGCCGUGUGCGACUUGGGGGCAUCGAUCAACGUUUUGCCAUAUUUCAUCUAUCGGAAGCUGGGAGCGGCCAAGCUCGUCGACACAGACAUAAUGAUACAGUUGGCCGACAGAUCGUGUAUUCACCCAAAAGGAAUUCUAGAGAACGUUAUUGUAAAAGUGAAUAACUUUACGUACCCAGCUGAUUUUUUCGUUAUCAAGAUGACGGAGCCCGCAGCAAGGGAGUCGAGUGAAGUCCUACUGGGACGGCCGUUCCUGUCCACGGCCAGCACUAUCAUAGACGUCCGUAAUGGGACGAUCAGCCUGGACUUCAAAGGAGAGCAGUACACGUUCAACAUUGAUGAAGCCAUGAAGAGGCCAGCUGACGGCGAGAACGUGUACUCCGUAGAUGUGACUGAGCCAUUAGUACAGGAAUUUCUGGAGGAGGAAUUCUUAAAGAGGCAGUUCACUGACUCUGCUGCAGAUGAAGAAGUCGAAAAAGAAGUAGAAGAGUGGCUUGAGACCAUGAAGGUCGGAGAGAUGGACGACCAGGCCAUCGCGAAAGCGAUAAUGGAUUUUUGCGAGCGCCCUAGGUCAGCUGGGUCAAGUGGGACAGCUCAAGUAUCUAGCCCAGCGAAAGCGGCUUGA